AAGAGCCCGCCAGUUGCCUCUCGGCCACUUUCGACUCACGACGUGUAGUUCUUUUCGCUCUCUCAAAAUUCGAACAGAGUCCGGCGAAUUAUUUAAACAUUUUUUAAAACGUGCCAGACUGUUUUUUUCAUUCGGAUUUUAAUAUUUUUUUUUAAACUGCGUAAAGUGAAAAUUCACGUUGGAAUUUGACGGUCAUCAGCACUUCGUGAUUUCGUACUUAUUUUCGGAUUAACCACAUUCAACCGGACACCAGGAAGUUUGUGCAGCAGGUGGGGCGACAUCACACACAGCCUCUCUCUCCUGAGAAAAAAUCGUUUUUCUUCUCUCGUUCGUGUGCGUCCAGUUAGAUUCACAAGGAAGGCAAUUUCACGCAAACCUCGGCGGCCAUCAGGUUCCCGCAUCGUUGAAGGGAGAUCCCAUUCAAACUCUGGCCACCGCCACCCCACCCCAUACCGGUGCUGUUGAGUUUUUCUUCUUUACUUCUCUGCUGGUUUUGAUCCUCCUAGUCGAUUACACACACCUGGAUUGACGUCGUCGUUGUGGUCGCCGCCGCCGCCGCCAUGGAAACCGCCGGUAGUGGAGCCGGUGGAACGGCCAUCGCUCCGCCCAGAUUGGCGCCAGUUAGCGGCGUUCUCAGUCAGGGUCAAGGUGUGAUCAAACCGAUCGCUUGUCGGCCGGUCGUGUCCUCGGCCAACACGACGCCCAUCCUGGGUAAUCGCUGUCUCAACAGCAGCAGCAGCCAAUCGGCUACCAACAACCAGCAGCAACAGCAGCAGCCGGUGACGUCAUCAUCUGGUGGCUGCAAUAACGCGACGACAAACAACAACAACAUCAACAACAACAACGCCGGCCGUCACUCGUGGGGUUUGUACAACAGCACGUCCGAUUUGCGCUGCUCCGCCUUGUCGGCCGGGCAACAGACGCCCCUGGCCGCCACCCCCGCCAGAGGGCAACCGCAUUUGCAGCGCUUCUCUUGGAGCAAAGGACCUCAUGUGGAACCGUCAGAAAUGGGCACGCUCUGCGCCAGGCCGGCAGCAGCAGCCGCCCAGCAAACGGCAGCGCCACCUUCCAGCGCCCAGCGAAAGUCACUGGACGCCACUCAUGGCGGCCGACCGUCGGACAGCAGCAACUUACCGCCGGCCAUCCAGCAUCAGAACAAGGCGGCCGCCGGCAGUAUCACCAGCAUCAACAGCAUCAGCUCGGCAGCGGCCGGACAGACGACUGGACCUAGCGGCCGAGUGGCCGAUCUAAGUCGCCGAUUCGGUGGCUCCCUCUCCAGCGUCGCGGCACCGCCCAAUUCUCCCACGCAGAUCCGUCAGCCGCCGGCGUAUCGGCCACCGCCCUCUUCGUCACGCUCCUCCGUCAAUAAAGGAAGCGCUGGCGUAUUGGGCGGAUCCGGCAGCAGCAGCAGCAACAACAACAGCGUCGGCGGAGUCACGUACAGCAGUUCCGAAUUGCACCUGGACAGAGUUUCGUCGCUGCAGCCGUUCAAUUGCGCAAGACCGGGUGUGCCCAACGGAACUUCGACGCCGCAAUGGGUCCUCGGCGGCUCUGAAGUGAACCUCAGCAGUUUGGCGAGGUCGACCUUGCCACGUCAUUCCCAGCAGCAGCAGCAGCAACAGCAGCAGCAAGACAUUGAAAAUGGCGGCCUGUUGGGUUUGAGCAAGAACAGCAAAGGCGGACUUUUAUUGAGCGCCUACGAUCCGUUGCAUCAUCACUCAUCGGCCGGCAUCCAUCACCACGGAGCCCUGAUGAGCUGUAAUGGCAGUCGAAGCAGCUGGGCCGGCCUGCCGUCCGUCUCCAAGGGCUCGUCUCUGAUGAACAGCAGCAUGAGCAGCAACGGGAGCAGCACGACUCUGCUGUCGACGUCGUUCGAGCGUCGCGGGGAAAAUGACGGAGGCGCCGUCACGCCGGUGGUCGAGGAAGGAAGAAUCCGAUCCAUCCUGGGCGGAAGCUCCGUCAUCAGCAGCUACGGGCUCCAGCGGAUGAGGAAGCAAUCGACGGGCUCCUCGCUGGACGAGGAUUUCGACUGCUGCGACGGCGGCGACAAUUCGCUGGCGGACGGAACUCCGUCGCCGUCCGACUCUGGCGUGGCCGAACUGGAAGUUCUGCUCAAGGAAAAGGACUGCGAAAUCGCUCUGCUCAGGGAGACCCUGGAACAGAACGAGGCCGUCAUCUUCCAGGUGUACCAGGAGAAGGAAAAGAGUUGGGAGCGGGAGCUCAAGAAAUUGCGGUCCAUCUAUGAAGAGCGAAUGAGAGCCGCCCAGCAACAAUCAUCUCAGGCUGAACGCCAAUUGCAGACUCAGACGCAACAAUGGCAAUCGGAUCGGAAACAAUUGAAGCAGCAGGUGCAGCAGCUCAAGGGCCAGCUGGAGCAAGUGCAGUCGAGGCUGGACGAGACGUCGUGGACGCUUUGCCAAAAGAGCGGCGAGAUGGCCUUGCUCAAGUCGCAGCUGAAGGAAGCCCAAAACGAGCAGAGUCAACGCUGCCAGGAAAUGGCCAAGAUGCGGGCCCAGCUCAAGGAGUCUCAAGAGCUGGCCCACAAUACCAGACAAAGGCUGGAACAAGCCAUGACUCACCAGAAGCCGUUGGAUAACAGGCGCAGUAUCACUUCGCCCAUCUUGUCCGGUCGCAAAUUGAUUGGCGAACCCGAACAACAGCAGCAGCACAACGGAUCCUCAUCUGCCACCAGUUUGACCGUCGCCGAUGUCCAGCGGCUCCAGCGGAGAAUCAUGGAACAGCAGCAGAGCAUCGACGCAGAGCGACAGGUGUGGCACGAAGAGAAGGCCACAGUGUUGGUUUAUCAACGCCAUCUCCAGCAGCAGUACGUCCAGGCCAUGAAGAGGAACCAGCAGUUGGAAGAUGCUUUGGGUUUGCUGGGCAUUACGGGUGUGCCUCCGUCCUCUAUGGGCCAGCAGCAGAAACAUCCGCCCAUGUCGUCGCCCAAAUCCAACUGCAGCGACCCCAUCACCAUUGACCUGGAUUCAUCCAGCAAUAGCAGCAGCACUGGUGAAACCCACUGCUGAAACCAGGCGGUGGUUAUUUUUCUCUCUAGCUCUCCUUUUUUCUUCCUUCCUUUAUCACGUCAAUUUUAAUCGCAUAUAUAAAUACUAUAGACUUAAUGACAUGAAUAACUUUUUCCCUCCUCCAAAAAGCCAAGCUUAUAUAUAUACAUAAAUAUAUAUAACGAAAUCGUAACUAACCACUAUAUUAUAAUGUAUACUGUACUAUAUCAUACAUAAGAAAAUUCCUUAUAUUAUUAAACCCUGUGUAUUAACCCAAUAAUCGGGUUCGCUGAUGGAUACACACCUAUUCCAGCAGCCAAACCCCCCCCUGUGUAAUAACAGCAUGACCCAUAAAACACACAGUACUUUUUGAAUCACGACAAUCAGCAGUCAUUUUCAGCUGUUUGAAUGUCGUUUUUCUUUUUUCUUAUUUUUUUACCCCGGAUGAUGUCAUCACGUGAACUUAAUGAUUAUUAUAGUAUAACCAGAUGUGACGGUGAUAUAUAUAAUGUAUACUGUGUACUACAUUUCGCCCGACGGACGUAAUUUUUACAAACGGAAGAACGGCCGAUGAUGAUUGUUAUUAAAAAAAUACCGUUCCAGUUCCCUUCGAAAAAAUUACCAUUUACACACUGACAUUAAAAAUACUAUACACACACCAAACUAGCCUACAUACUAAGUACUAUUCAAUUCAAACUACUACUACCAAGUUCGUAAACAAGCAUUUGGGAGCGUAUAAAUGUAAGAUUAUAAAUAUUAUUUACUAGCGACGUAUAACCAGUUUGUUUCUUUUCUUUUUUUCUUUUCAUAUCAAAAGAAGAGAAGAAUGUACAUUUCUUUUUGAACGGAUCAAGUCUAUUGAAAUAUGAAUGAUGAAACUUGUAUUUUGUAUGCCUCCAUCAGCUUUACGUGACAAAUAAACGGAUAUGCGUGAA